AUGAAUCCUGUGAACCAGCUGUUAUCGUGCGGUGGCUCAAGUGGCGGCGAGGGCGCAUUGCUCGCACUUGGGGCAAGCAAUGUCGGAGUCGGCACUGAUAUUGGCAAGCAUAUUCCGGCCAAUACCCCCUAUUGGGCGGAUCUGUUCGCAUUCCGGCCGCAUUUUGUGGAACGUGCUCUAUCAAGCCAUCCUGGGGGCGCUUCUCCUUAUCGAACAGUCGCAAAUUCUUCUCCCGGCCAAAGUAUUUGCCCAUCUGCAAUCGGUUUCAUGUCGACGUCAUUGCUGGGCUUGAAGCUCAUAAUGACAUCUCUGUUUUCAACAGAGCCUUGGUUACGUGACCUAUCCGUCGUGCCUAUGCCUUGGCGAGCAGAAAAGGAGUCUAUACGUGGCAAGCUCUGCUUUGCAGUCCUACGUAAUGACAGGAUGGUGCAGCCUCAUCCUCCAAUUGCAAGAGGAAUUGAAAUAGUUGCUGAUGCUGUUCAAAAUUCCGGUCACACAGACAUCAUUCUGGAUACUGGCGGCGGCGACGAUGUUUGGCGCCAGUUGAACAUUUUGCAUGAACCUGUGAUUCCCCAGGUUUCGGAACGCUUUGGAAACGGGCCAAAAGACCCUGUUCCAACUCUUGAGCUUCUCGACAUCGUUUUGAAGCACGAGGCGUAUGUAGCAAGAUAUCUAAAGUACUGGGCUUCGACCAUCACGCAAACGGGAACUGGACGAGCCGUCGAUGCCGUGAUUUUGCCCGUCGCUCCACAUGCGGCCGUCGUUCCUGGCGAGUAUUAUCAUUACGGCUACACAGAGUUCGUAAACCUACUCGACUUCUCCAGCGCAGUGCUUCCAGUCACCAAAGCAGACAAGGAUAUGGAUGUAGCUCGUGGUGACUUUAAGCCUUUGACCCCCAAAGACGAAAUCAAUUGGAGAGCGUAUAACGCAGACACAUAUGCGUGCCCCGGUUUGCGUUCAAUUGAUGGGUCGGAAGUUCGAAGAGGAGCAAAUUUUGGGCAUUGCCAUGAGAGGAGAAGAACUCUUGAACAGAUUGACUAA